UGAUGCUGUUAGAAAUGAUGGAGUUUAUUCUCGGUAUUUUACUGAAUUUCUUGGUAAUGGGAGAUACACCAUUAAAGUAUCUGUACAAGGAAAAGAUGGAAUAGUAAGGUUAACAACCAGGAAGCAAAGCCAUGCCAUGUACAUCCCAGGAUAUGUACAAAACGGUCAAAUUCACCCCAACCCACCAAAGCCUCCAGUGGACCGUAACGAUUCUCAGAUACAAUUGGGAAGCUUCAAUAGAGUGAAAACAGCGGGAGCUUGUGUUGUUAGUCAGGUUCCUUCCGGAACUCCACCUGACGUGUUUCCCCCAAGUAAAAUUAAUGAUCUUCGGGCAGCAAUUGUUGGAGAUGCAAUACAACUGAAAUGGACAGCUCCAGGCGAUGACUUAGAUCAAGGAACAGCUUCCUUUUACGAAAUAAAGCUCAGCAAAAGCUUCACACAGCUGAGGGAUGACUUUCCAAAUGCUCAAAGUGUAAACACCACAGACCUGAAGCCAAAGGUGGCUAGCUCAGAGGAAUCGUUCACAGUAUCUGAGAACAUCGGGUUGAAAAAUGGGACAGUAAUCUACUUUGCAAUUCGGGCAUUUGAUAAAGGAAACCAGUCUUCUGACUUAUCCAAUAUAGCGCAAGCUGCUUUAAUUUUGGCUAGUCCACUUCCCACAUUACAACCAACCCAAUCUUCCCAGUCAACCCAAUCUUCCCAGCCAACCCAAUCUUCCCAAACAACCCAAUCUUCCCAGGCAACACAAUUUUCCCAAACAACACAAUUUUCCCAACAAACCCAACCUUUCAAACCAACUCAACCUCAUAAUAGUGUAGUCAUUAACAUUUCAGAAAUUCUUGUUAUUGUUGGUAUUGUUGUUAUUGUUGUCACCUUGAUAAUUUCCAUCACUGUAUGUGUUGUGACUAAAAAACGUCAGGGCAGAGUAUCACCCAGUUAGGAAAUGUACAGCUAAAGCCAGAGAUAGUCAGCAACGUCAUCAAAAUUCAAUCACAUUCAAUUUAUCACGGUGCAACUUAAUUCAUGUUCAAAAUUUGUGGCCAAAAAAAAUUGUGGUCUACUUGAAUAUUGAGCAUUCCUCCUGAUGUUGAGCUGAGAUUGUGUCACACCAAACAGUAAUGGUGUUUAAAUCCAACCUGUAUAAUUUCAAUUUAAAAGUAAAAUGUAUUCCUAUAAAAGGACUGAUAGAAUCUAAUAAAGUUUUGCUGUGCAAUCUGA